AUGUUCCGCCGCGCCUUGGGGCCGUCCGCGCGGCGCAGCCUCUCUAGCGUUUCCGCGGUGGCGUCUCGUCGUAGCUACACGGAGCUGUCACACAUGAAGUUUCCGGUGCACUACGGCGCCGUCUGUGCCGUGGUCGGGUAUUUUGUAGUGAUGUGGAUUAUCUUCCUGCGCAUGGGCAGCAAGCAUACUGCCCGCUCCGAGUUCAAGACCGACUACCUGCGCGUGUGGCGCCGCAAGCUCGGCACUGGCUACCAGUGGGCCGAUGCUUGGGGUCCGCAGAUCGACACCUUCUUCAAGGACUUGCCGGAGGAGGUUGAAUAA